AUGGCUGCCGUGCGGCUGGCUCGACUCCAACCGAUUGCCGAGCUCCUGAUGCGCCGCGAACGUGUGUUCCGGGAUCGCACGAACAUCUUCGAAGUUUUCGACAAAGACAAGCUUCAGAGGCAUUUCCGGUUUGGUCGCGCUGGCAUCGCCUACCUCGCUGAGCUCCUGCGUAAUGAUCUUCAGCAUCCCACUCGUCGGAGCCACGCUUUGAGCGUUGAGCAACAAUUGGUGCUCGCGCUGAAGUUUUUCGCUACCGGUGGUUUUUUGACCACGGCCGGCGAUACUAUCAACGUGCACAAAUUGACGGCCAGCCGCACCGUUCGGCAAGUUGCUCUUGCUCUCGUCCGCCACUGCUCAACUUGGAUACGCUGGCCGUCACCGAACGAGCUGGCUGAGGCGCAGACCAACUUCUACGGUCUGGGUGGCUUUCCCUGCAUGAUGGGUGCAAUAGACGGCACGCACGUAAGGAUCCAGGCACCCGAGGAGAACGAGGAGGCGUAUGUCAACCGGCAUUUCUACCAUUCCAUCAACGUUUAGCUCGUCGUCGACGCCAACUGCCGGAUACUUGACGUCGUCGCAAAAUGGCCAGGUGGAACUCACGACGCGCGGAUGCUCGCCAAUAGCAGCCUCGCCAAACGCUUUCGCAGGGGCGUGCACACGGGCCUUUUGUUGGGGGAUAGUGGAUACCCACGUAGGCCAUGGCUAAUGACCCCAUUACGGACACCAGACACUCCAGGGAAGAGGCGCUAUAAUGCAGCGCAUGGCACAACAAGGGCAGUGGUCGAAAGGUCCAUAGGGCAGCUGAAGCGGCGAUUUCACUGCCUGCACACCGAUCUGCGCAUGGCUCCAGACCGGUGCCCAGCCAUCAUUGUUGCAUGGUGUGUGCUGCACAAUGUGGCAAAACGCUAUGCAUGCCGCAGUGACGAAGCAUGCCAGCUGCCUCCAGAGGUUGGGGCUGUGCCAAACUCUGGAACUGAGGAUGGCAAUGCCAUUCGCCGUGCCCUGGGCAGCUGCCUCCAGCUCAACGUUCUGCCGAUUAAGCCGGAUCACCUCCUGUAA